UUUUCGAAACUUAAAACAUAAAUCGUGGCUUAAGCAUUCGCUUAAUUUAACAAAACAAAAUGAAUUUAAAUUUGAGUAUAAAAAGCGUUGGCGAUGCAAAAAAGUCAUUAGUUUAUUGAAAGACAAAAUAGUGUAAUGGCUUCAAUUAUUUUCACACUCGCGCUCUUUUUCCUGCAAUCCGUCGUCGCGGAUAUUUCACAUUUUCUGUCACACGAUUUUGAUCACUUUCUGCAUCCGCAACCGGAACAGAAACAACAACAACAACAACAGUUUGCUACAUAUCCUGUGUCUUCAGCACCAACGCAGCCUUCGGUGCCGAGUUUGUAUGAAUUACCGCCACUGUUGCCCCCAACGCAGCCAGGUGGUAUCCCUGCCAUUGGCGAUGUGUCACCUUCCACUCCAGCGCCAGCAGUGCCAACGAUAUCAACACAUUCGCCUGUUGCCCCAGUACGACCAUCUACCAGCACUGAAUUCACAUUGCCUGAGAUCGUGGAGAAUCGCAGUGCGAAGAGUGGUGGCGGUAGAUUUAACUUCAUUCCUUUGCAAAAUCAAUAUUUGGCUCCGGCUGAAGAUCGACCAAACUACGACAUAGCAAAACCACGUCCGCCAAGUUUUGGUGCUGGUUACUUUUACCCACGUCCCACAUCAAACUUCAUACCAACGACGAGCACCACUAGUACAACGGAAUACCCUAAGCCUAUUGUGGUUGUCGAUCCGACAGACAUUUUACCCUCUAUACAAGCGCCCGGUGAUAAUGAACCAGUCGCGCUGCAGCCACCUACCGACCAGGGUUAUAAUUACAACGUGCCUGCUGGUCCACCAUUCCAGCUUCCAACACAGCCGCCGCCAUCUACACCCGCACCAAUUUAUUUACCACCAGACGACAACUCAAUCGAGGGCUCAGCUGUAGCUUCCAAUGCUUUGAGACUACGCGUACAUGAAAUGCGUUGCAUGCAACAAAGUGGCGGCUACUUUCGUGCCGUGCUUAAGGUGGACAGUUUCAUAGGUGCAACACCGACAGUCGACAAUGACGCGAGUGACAAGCGUUGUGAGCUGAAAUUAGCGCGCAGUUACGUUGUGACAGAUAUCGCAGAGGAAGAUUUUGAAAAGUGUGGAGUGCAUGAGUGUGGCAAGGAUUUAUGUUUACGACUACGUUUUCCCACCAUACGCGGCAUGCGUACGAGCACGGACGGUAUACUGACACUGCACUGCAAGAUACAGGAGCGCGUGGCGGUGAAAACACAUGCGCUGAAGAUGAGUGUCUCAAAUGAGGUACAAGCGCGAAGUCUCGGCACGUACGCGCACGGUGGCACACAGCUGCCCUUUCGUACGCACGUGGAACUCUUUCGACGUACGCCGAAGGGCUUCACGCGCCAAUUAGACACCGAUAGCGCUGUAUUGCUCGGCGAGGAGCUGUUACUGCGCGCGCAUGUUAUUGCUGGUGACGGUUGGAGCUACACUAAACUGACGGACGUCAAUGUGCAACGCAUUUCACCUACCGGCGAGCUGCUCAACAAUGUCGCCCUUAUAACCUCCCGUGGCUGUAUAAAUCCCUCCAUGCAAAGUGUCUGCUCACAACCGCCCAGCUACGACCCACCGCUCGGUCAUCGUUUGUCUUUCAAGGCUGUUAUGUUCCAGGGUAUGCGCAGCGGCGAUGAGCUAGUCUUAUCCAUGCGCAUUACGGGCUGUUUAGAGGCGCGAGACUGUCAUGUAGAUGCGAGCAAUUGCAGCGCAAUCACCAAUUUGUGGCGACGCAAGCGGAACACGAACCUGUCCGAUGAGUCACACAGCGAGUAUGAAAAGCGUGCUUCGAAUGGUGCAGAGGUAUCAGAAAUAUCUCGUAUCGCCUUUAGAGUAAUGAUGCCAAAAGGCGUGGGAGAGGAGAUAAAGGAAGGCGUAGACAUAACAAGGGAGCGUGCAGCUAACAAUGAGCAGAUAGAAAGUACCUCCCAGUCGCUAUGGCAGAAAGCUCACAGCAACAUGGUUGUGGAGAUGAGCGCAGUAAAAUUAAUAUCCGCUUUAGGUUUCGUUUUACUGCUCACCGGCUUGGGGAUCUUCGCUGCCGUAAAGCUGACAAAGUGAGGGAUUCAAAAUUUCAGUGAGAACA